AUGCCCGGAUCAAGUGAAGGAUUGCUUGAAAUUGGGCUAGGGUUUGAUGCAAAUUCUGAUGUUAGCAAAACUAGGGUUGAGAAGUCGGAUAUGGAAAAAUUGGGGAAAAAGAAAAGAUCUUCUGAGAUCAAAUCUGGAUUUGAUUCUGAUGAUGAUGAUGAGCCGAUUGGUUCUAUGUUUAAGAUUAAAAACAGAAGGAACCCUAAGAAGGUUAAGGUUCAAAAUGAUGUGUCUGAAGAUCAGGAGUUCGGUGGUAUGGAUGACACAUUGGCUACUUUUAGAAAGAAAAUAAAGGGCCCAAAGGUGGCUAGGGCGAGUGCACCAAAAGGUAGUGAUUUAAACACCGAUUUGAAUGAACCUGUGAAUGAAUCAUCAGUUGGGGCUGUGAAAAAUGAAGAUUUGGCUGCAAAAUUGGUCCCAAACACAAUCACAAAAGAACAGAUCCCAUCUGAAGAUGGAGUUAUUGUCAGAGAAGGGUUGAAAAACAGUGGUAAAGAGAAAAGUAAGAAACCCAAGAAUAAACCAACAAAGAAGAAGGGUUCUGGUGGCAAGAAUUUGACAGAAAACUGUGUGGAUGAUCAUUUAGAAGAUUCCUUAUCAGUUUUGCUUCAGAAAGCUCGCAAAAGCUCGAAACUUAAGCAGGUUAAGUCAACUCAACCUCAUAAAGAUGGAGUUGACCAAAACCCUAAUGAUUCAGUGUGUGAUUUGGAUACCACUCCAGUUGAGAAAUCACAAAAUGACAAGGAUAUGGUUCCUAUUUCAGUACCUGAAUGUUCAAAGUUUUCUCCCAAGAGUCAAAGAUUAGAAGAAGAUGAAAGGUUACUAGACCACUCUAGUAAAGAUCCUACUGGAAACAAUGGUUUUAAAGAUGAUUCAAAUCAUUCUGUUAUAGCAAAGUUGUCCCAUGAUCUUUCCGAGAUUCAAGUUCAUAAUGAAAAAAAGGAACCUUCAAGUCCUAUCCAUGAGAGUCUGCCAGUUAUAGAGUCCAUUGACCGUUUGGACGAUAAUCAACACCAGAUUCAAGGUACUUCAAUGGAAGAUCCUGAAAAUGUUUCUGUUUCUUCACAAAAGGAGAACACAUCAGCAUCAAAUGGUAGAUUAUCUCCUGUUUCAUUAGGAGAAUGCAAUGAGGAGACUCCAUCAAUUGCCACAGAUCAAAAUGAAGCAUCUGCAAGUGACAAUGAAACGAAAGAAAAUCAUCAAACAGUUGGCAGGCGUAUUGUGAGACAGGCUAAAAGGCAUAGGCAUGAUGACAUGGCGUAUGAGGGGGAUGCUGAUUGGGAUAUACUGAUUCAUGAACAGAAUUUUCUUGCAAAUCAUCAAGAAGGAGGAGACAAAGGACAUCCAAUUAAAACAAAGGGCAAACAAGAUUUCUUCAUGGAAGCAGAAAGUGGUGGAACAGCUGCUGUUUCAGUUGGACUCAAAGCUCGUGCUGCUGGACCUGUUGAGAAGAUUAAAUUUAAAGAAUUAUUCAAACGUAAAGGAGGCCUUCAAGAAUAUAUAGACUGCAGGAAUCAUAUUCUACAUCUCUGGAAUAAAGAUGUAACUCGCAUAUUGCCUCUUUCAGAAUGUGGAAUAUCUAAUGAACAUCCACAGGCUUCUCUUGUUAAAGAUAUCUACUCAUUUCUUGAUCAAUAUGGUUACAUAAACUUUGGAGUUGCUUCCAAGAAAGAGAUGUCAGAUACAAAUGUGAAGCACAAUUUCAAGCUUUCAGGAGAUGACAACAGUGGAAGAAAAUCAUUGGAUGAUGGGGUUUCCUUUAUUCUUGGUAGUACUACUAAAACUGAUGAAAACUUGACAGAUGAAAAUGAUCCAAAAACCGAACUUUCAGAAGGGGUUUUCAGAAAAGAUAAAGUCGCUGAUGUGUCAUCCAUGUUGGCAGAGUGUAAACCCCAUUCACCUUCUUCCAACUGCCAUGCUGGACAACCACCCCACAAUCUUGUAAUUGAUCAAAAGGAACCGAGUGUCUGUAUGCAAUGUGAUUCAGAAACAAAAAGCAAAAAGAUCAUAGUAAUUGGAGGGGGUCCAGCUGGACUAACUGCAGCCCGCCAUUUACAGAGACAGGGGUGCCACGUCACCAUCCUAGAGGCCAGGGGUAGAAUCGGCGGACGUGUUUUUACAGAUUAUUCAUCCCUUUCAGUUCCAGUAGAUCUUGGAGCUAGUAUUAUCACUGGUGUAGAAGCUGAUGUCACCUCACAAAGAAGACCAGAUCCUUCUUCAUUAAUUUGUGCACAAUUAGGGCUUGAAUUAACUGUUUUAAACAGUGAUUGUCCCCUUUAUGACACAGUCACUGGUCAAAAAGUUCCUACAGAUUUAGAUGAAGCAUUGGAGGCUGAAUACAACGGUUUACUUGAUGACAUGUCAUUGGUUGUUGCCCAAAAGGGUAAUCAAGCAAUGCAGAUGUCUUUAGAAGAGGGUUUGGAAUUAGGGCUCAAAAUCCGAAGAUCUGAAGACAAUAAAAAUAGUAAUAAAGAUGAAAUCUUGAAUCCUCUUGAAAGAAGAGUCAUGGAUUGGCAUCUUGCUCAUUUGGAAUACGGUUGUGCUGCUUCUUUACAAGAUGUGUCUUUACCUUAUUGGAAUCAAGAUGACAUUUAUGGCGGAUUUGGUGGGGCCCACUGUAUGAUUAAAGGUGGUUAUGGUGCUAUUGUUGAUUCUUUAAAAGAUGGACUACAUAUCCACUUAAACCAUAUGGUUACCGAUGUAUGCUAUCAAACAGAGAAAGAUGGGAAAGAUUCAUCACAGAAGAAAGUCAAAGUUUUGACCCAAAAUGGGAAAGAAUUUAGUGGAGAUGCGGUUUUGAUCACAAUCCCACUCGGGUGUCUAAAAAGAGAAACAAUCAACUUCUCUCCAAAAUUACCUGAUUGGAAACAUUCUUCAAUCCAAAAACUCGGUUUUGGUGUUCUUAACAAAGUCAUCUUGGAGUUUCCGGAAGUUUUUUGGGAUGAUUCGGUUGACUAUUUUGGAGCUACAGCAGAAGAAACCGAUCAAAGGGGUUGGUGUUUUAUGUUUUGGAAUGUCAAAAAGACAGUCAACGCCCCUGUCCUCAUAGCAUUAGUAGUAGGAAAAGCUGCAGUCAACCGCCAAGAUUUGACCCCUUCUGACCAUGUCACACACGCCUUAGCAACCCUCCGGAAGCUUUUUGGGGAAACUAAGGUUCACGAUCCAGUUGCAUCUGUAGUAACUGAUUGGGGGCGGGACCCGUUUAGCUAUGGUGCUUAUUCAUAUGUUGCAGUAGGGGCAUCUGGGGAAGAUUAUGACACAUUAGGAAAACCUAUUAACAACUGUUUGUUUUUUGCUGGUGAAGCUACAUGUAAAGAGCAUCCAGACACUGUUGGAGGGGCAAUGAUGAGUGGGAUGAGGGAAGCUGUUCGGAUAGUUGACUUGUUGACCACUGGAAAUGAUUUUGUUUCAGAAAUUGAAGCCAUUGCUGCUGCUAAAAGGCAUUCAGAUAGUGAAAAGAGUGAAGUUAGAGACAUUAUUAGGAAACUCGAUGCUAUUGAUCUUACAAAUGUUCAUAAGCAUGAGACAAAAGAAGGGUUGUUACAGAAUAUGUUUUUGAAUGCAAAGAGUAGAGCUGGAAGGUUGCAUCUUGCUAAAGAGCUGUUGAAUCUUCCUUCUGAUUUGCUUAAAUCAUUUGCUGGAACUAAAGAAGGACUUGGGAUUCUCAACUCAUGGAUCUUGGAUUCAAUGGGGAAGAAUGGGACUCAACUAUUGCGACAUUGUGUUCGUCUUCUUGUGCUUGUAUCUACAGAUUUACUUGCAGUUCGUCUCUCAGGUAUAGGAAAAACUGUAAAAGAGAAGGUAUGUGUGCAUACAAGCAGAGAUAUACGUGCAAUAGCAAGUCAACUUGUGAGUGUUUGGGUUGAGAUUUUCAGAAAGGAGAAGGCGUCUAAUGGGGGGUUGAAGUUGCUCAGGCAAUCAAGUGCUGCAGAUGCUUCUAGAACCAAAUCUUUAGCUUCCGGGAAGCCGCCACUGCGGGCCCACCAUACUUCAUCGGAGAACAGGGCGGUGAAGGGCGGCGGCAGCAGCAACAACCCUUUAUCUGUGAAUCCAAACGGUAGAAAAGGAAAGCCUGAAAGUAAGCCUUCUAGCUCUCAAGGCUCAGGUGGAAGACAAAACUGUAAGGAGGAGGAGGACAAAGAUUUUCCCAUGUCUGAAGAGGAACAGGCGGCUUUUGAUGCUGCUGAAGCCGCCCGUGCUGCCGCCAUUGCAGCCGCCGAGGCAUACGCAUCAUCCGGUGUCAAAUGCAACACUCCUUUACAACUUCCAAAAAUACCCUCCUUCCACAAAUUCGCAAGGCGGGAACAGUACGCCCAAAUGGACGAUUCUGACCUCCGGAAGAAGCUAGCUGGCGGCAAUAUCGGGCGGCAGGAUUCGACAUCCGAAAUCGAUUCAAGAAACUGCAGAGUCAGAGACUGGUCGGUUGACUUUUCCGGUGGCGGAGUCAACCUUCCGGACACCCGGUCCCACCACUCAAACGAAGUGAGCAGCUACCGAGAACAUUCCGGAGAAAGCACCGGUGUUGACAGCAGCAACAUCUUUACAAAAGCAUGGGUGGAUAGUGCGGGGAGUGAAGGGAUAAAAGACCAUAAUGCCAUUGAAAGAUGGCAGUCUCAAGCUGCAGCUGCUGUUGAUUCUGAGUUUUAUCAUAGGGGCAGUUUUGUCAUGGAUGAAGAAGAUUCAAAUUCAAAUAUGAAAUUGGGAAUGGCAAAUGAGAGUUCGGCUUCACAGGUGACUAGUGUGAAUAGGGAGUUGGUGGGAAAUCAGCCUAGAGGAGUAGAUAAUAUCAAACAAGCUGUUGUUGAUUACGUGGCAUCACUUUUAAUGCCUCUUUAUAAAGCUAGAAAGAUUGAUAAAGAUGGCUAUAAAUCCAUCAUGAAGAAAACAGCUACAAAGGUAAUGGAGCAGACUACUGAUGCGGAAAAAGCAAUGGCUGUUUUCGAGUUUCUUGAUUUUAAGCGGAAAAACAAGAUCCGGGCAUUUGUGGACAAGUUAAUAGAGAGGCAUAUGGCGAUGAAGUCAGAUACUAAAUCUGGAUGUGUCUGGUUGCUUGUUUUCUGUGUUUAUGCAGAAAAGUAUAGAUGUUCAUGGAUGUAUGAGGACGUGGCACUUAUCAUCGAUCACAGUUAUUUUAGAGGAGAAAAUAAACCACUAGACAUGGGAGCAUGGAAUUUAAGGUUUGAUUUUGCUUCGAAUUUUAAAGUCGUUUUACUCUUAUAA